GCUUUCUGUCCGGUAAAAGACGCCAUUUUGUCGUUAGCGGUGACGAGGAGAACAGGGAUAUUGUUGGAAAGCAGCACUGAAAAGAUCUGCCACCAUGGGGAACAUGUUUGCAGGCCUCUUUAAGAAUCUCUUUGGGAAGAAAGAGAUGCGAAUCCUGAUGGUGGGCUUGGAUGCUGCCGGCAAAACCACCAUCCUUUACAAGCUCAAACUGGGCGAGAUCGUCACCACCAUCCCCACUAUCGGUUUUAACGUAGAGACUGUAGAAUAUAAAAACAUUAGUUUCACGGUGUGGGACGUCGGCGGUCAGGAUAAGAUCCGGCCGCUGUGGAGGCACUACUUCCAGAACACGCAAGGUCUGAUCUUCGUGGUGGACAGUAACGACAGGGAGCGAGUGAACGAGGCGAGAGAGGAGUUGACGAGGAUGCUGGCUGAGGACGAGCUCAGAGAUGCCGUGCUGCUCGUUUUCGCCAACAAACAGGACCUGCCGAACGCUAUGAACGCAGCAGAGAUCACAGAUAAACUGGGUCUGCACUCACUGCGGCACCGCAACUGGUACAUCCAGGCCACGUGCGCCACCAGCGGAGACGGGCUGUACGAAGGCCUCGACUGGCUCUCCAACCAGCUGAAAAACGCUAAAUGAUCCAUUCCACCCCAGCCCUCUGCGCUCUGUGUGUGUGUGUGAGAUUGUGUGUGUGUGCGUGCGUGCGUGUGUGUGUGUGCGUACGGUGAGAAUGGCGGCACUGGAUUUAGUCUCUCGGUCACCCACUUUAUCCAUCCCUUUCUUCUUUUGUUUGGUUCUGUAGACUUCAGAGGCUCUCCCCAGUGCUGACUCGUGUACCUGUAUACCGGAACGGAAGUGCGUGAGAGCGAGAGAGAAACGAGAGUGGGAGCAGCCCUGCUGUGCCUCCGAACACACACACACACGCUCCUCGUACAGCUCGUCUCUCUCUCUCUCUCUCUCUCUCUCUCUCUCUCUCUCUCUCUCUCUCUUCAUAUCCCUCCUCAUUUCCCCUGUUUUCACCAAGCAAAGAAUGACCCAGGAUGCUGAAUGUUUUAUUUACUUACUCAGAAUAAAGGAAUAUAUUGAAAUAAGUCUCGAUUUCCAUCCUCUGAUGAUAAAACCGUUCCGCAUGUCUAAGAUGUUACGAGUCGUCGUCACCGUUUUUUGCCCCGCUUAUGAUGAAACUCAUUGUAACCUGCAUCAGGUUGGGAGAAAAAAAAAAAAAUUAAAAUGGAGAAAAAGGAAAAAAAAAAAAAAGAAAGAAAAAGCCAAUAAAGUGAUGUUUUCCAUCCUAGAUCCUUCUUUGCGUUAUUUUAGAAAUGAGGCUCAUGAGGUUGCCAUCAACGUCGCUGUUUCCUGAGGCAUAUUGAGGCCUGAUUAGUGUAACGAAAGCCCGGCGUCUUCACCGGCGUACGCGGUUCUAGAUAACAGGAAGUAAUGCGUUUGGAAGAUCCUUGCGUUCUAAUGUAGCUAACAGUGAGUGGGUGAUGAUGAUGGCAUGAUUUUCAGUUCAGUCCUGAUUAGUGACGACGCUUUAAUCCAUCGUUGGCGAAAUCGGCAGCGUCUUUGACGGCUAGCGCUUUAAACUGUAGAAGUCUGUGCAGAGUCUGUCUUUGAGGUUGAGCAGCGAGGCCGUUUUUGGAGCUGUAUCCCCCCCCCCCCCUUUUUUUUUGUUUUUAUAAGAUGAUGUUCCCCAGCUUUAUCCUUGCACGAGUCACAACAACCAUAACCACGUCUUUUAACAUGCUGCAGAAGAAUAAUCCUUUCAUCAUUAAGAGGGAAGUCCUGGAUCAGAGGGAAUAAAAGCAGAUUUAAAACAAAAAAACAAAACAAAACAAGGAUGGCGGUAUGGAAAUUCAAAAUGGCAGCCUGUUCACAGACAGCCGUCUGUGCGGCGUUUAAAUCCGAGCAAAUUGACGUCGCCGCCUCCGUGUAACCGGUUUAAUCCGCGCUCUGCUUUUCUCCUCCAUCCUUUUUUUUUUUUUUUUUAUGUUUCGCUUCUUUCUUUCUUUUCUCUCAGCCCGUCUGGGGAAAAACAAAUCGGGUAAUAACCAGCUUCCCGACAUUGCUCUCGACAAACUGACACUUUCUUUUCCUGUUAUCUGUAUUCCAAAGGCUUCUGCGAAUGUUACGUUGAUCACAAACCAACACCCCGAGGUCAUGACCCUGUACUGACCUCUGGAAAAAGGAACGGGUGAACGUGCACCCUCAACAGAUCCAUGUUGUUGUUGUUAUUAUUGUUAUUAUUAUUAUUAUUAUUAUUACUUUUUUUUUUUGGCAGACGUUUCAUUUUCUUUCAUUAUCUUUCUUAUGGUUUUUUUUUCACAACACACCAAAACUUAUCAAGAGUUUCAAAAACUCUCUUUUUUUUCUCUCUCUUUUCAUCGUAUUGAUCUUGUAGACCUACUCUAGUGGAUGAAAUUAACCGAUUUAUUCGAAUGACGCGUCAUCUGUCUGGAGAGUAAAUAAAAUGUGUAAGAAAGUGUAUUUUAGCUAGCCUCUUCAUUUAGCUGCCCUAUGUUCUGAUGUGAAGCUUUAAUUUUAAGAAUUUAUGUUAAGAAGAAACAGCAAAAAAUAAAGUGUGCAUACGGUUGUUGUUUUCCCCCCUCCCCGUUUCUUAGAUUUUCCUUUCUUUAUUUUUUUGUUUCUAGCUUUUUUUUGUUUUUUUUAACCCAUCUUGUAACAUCUGAGAAAUGCACUAUAAUAAAGAGAUCUCUAUUACAGAA